AUGCCUUCCAUUUUCAUAGGUAGUGUUCCGUGGCAUGAUGGCGAAGAGAAAGUGCAUCAGCUACUUCGGGUUCCUCUUCCGGAUAACCCGACAGUGCCGGGCUUGAGUCCCAACGGCGCCAACUUCCUACGAACAGCUCCUCUUAUGGCAGUGGGCACAAUUGAUUCGCAAGGCCGACCGUGGACGACGCUCUGGGGCGGAAAAUCUGGCUUCGCAGAGCCAGUAGGCCAGUCAAUGAUCAGACUUCGGACACAGGUCGACAACACCUAUGAUCCAGUGGCCAAGAUGCUCUUCAAGGACCAGCCAGAUGAAGACGAUGGCGGAAUCUUCAACGAAACACAGAAAAUGAUUUCUGGACUCGCUAUUGAUCUCGAGCAACGACGGAGAUGGAAGCUCUUCGGGCGGAUGGUGGCGGGGACCCUCACUGUCGACAGGCCAGGACAAGCGGACGUGGUCGUCAAGAUCGAGGAGAGCCUGGGAAACUGUCCAAAAUACCUGAACAAAAGACAUAUUGUGCCCGCCGAGUCCAAGCCAAAGCUAGUUUCCGACUCGCCACAACUGACACCUGCAGCGAUCAAGCUUAUAUCUCGUGCCAACACAAUCUUCGUCUCCUCGCGGCACGAUGCUAUCAAUAUGGACACGAAUAUCCGUGGGGGACCUCCAGGGUUCGUGCGAGUCGAGUCCAACACUACAAAGGGUGCCGUGCUGCUUUACCCAGAAUAUUCGGGGAAUCGACUCUACCAAACGCUUGGCAAUCUGCAGACGACGCCUCUGGCGGGCUAUGUGAUUCCCGACUUCGACUCUGGUGACGUCCUCUACGUGACGGGGCAUACUGAGAUCCUCGCCGGCAAAGACGCUGCCGCUGUUCUACCGCGAUCAAACCUAGCUGUCCGUCUGACGCUGACAGUCGCGAUCUUCGUGGAGAAUGGACUGGCUUUUCGCGGUGAAACCGGGGAGCCAUCUCCAUAUAACCCGGCAGUGCGAUAUCUCCCAACUGAAAGAAGCCCUAUUAGUGCCGAGAAUUCGAGUAGAACAGACAUGUCUGCGACUUUGAUCAAGAAGGAAGUUCUCACGCCGAACAUCAACCGGUUUCGGUUCCGCGUCUCCAGCUCCAAACCACUCACAUGGACCCCAGGGCAGUACGCGACAAUGUCCUUCAAAGACGAGCUAGAUAUGGGAUAUAGUCACAUGCGAGACGAUGACCCCACCAGCCUGAACGACGACUACGUACGAACAUUCACCGUCUCGUCGUACCCCGGCCGCGAGCUUCCAGCCAACGAGUUCGAACUGAUGAUUCGCCGACACGGCAAUGUUACGGACCACCUCUUUCGCACAAACGAGCGCGCCGGACUAGAAGCGCCACUAAAAGGCUUUGGAGGCAGCUUCCGUCUGUCCACCGACGAUGGAUCGAUCGUACCGUUCGUGGCGGGAGGCAUUGGGAUUACGCCGUUCCUGGCGCAGCUUCCCGACCUCGAGUUUUCGCUCGUCCGCCUUUUCUGGUCCGUGUCAAGUGAGGAUCUUGGGUUGGUCUAUGAUACAUUUCAGCGCUGGCCGCGACUUUUUGCAUCCACAACGUUGUUCAUCACGGGGGGUAGUGCGCCGUCGGAUGCGAACCGGCCGAUGUGGGAUGCGAUCGCGGGAUCGGACGCGCAGGUGCACCGGCGCAGGAUGGGAGCGGCUGAUCUAGAAGAGGCAAAACAGGUGGCCCAGCGGUGGUACCUGUGUGCCGGCAUUAAACUGAAACAGAGCGUGUUAGGGUGGCUGGUGGGGAAGGACGUGGUGUAUGAGGACUUUGAUUAUUAG